AUGGAAUUUUGCACAAAACUUGAGUCUGCCCUACUGGUUCGAGAGUCAAAGGAUACUGAUGCUAAAGAUUUGACUAAUCAGCUGAAUGUCAUAUCAAGAAGACUUGUAAAAUCCUAUGGUCCUCUGAAAGUGCUUGAGCUACUUUGCGAGCAGCAACAAAGAGAAAUCUUUCCAAAUUUGUACAUCACUUCCAGAAUUCUACUCACCCUACCACUGUAUGCAUAUCCAGUUUUGGACAGUGACACCCAGCCAUCCAUACAAAUUGAUGUCUAUUGCACUAUUAAUGGAUUGGAGAAGCUUGUUACAUCAGUAAUGACAAGUAGUUUCAAUAGCCAGAUCUGGAACAUGUCCAAAGUCUCUGAAAUUGAGAUAGAAGAGAAUGAACGAGAAAGAUCAAUUGAGCUAGCAAUUACUUACAUCAACGGAGAAUUAAAUACAAAGCUGAAUGGCCUGAACCCAUCUGAAAGUCAAUUCGAUGUUGACACAUUAUUAAAGGACUUUUUCUCAGACUUGCAACUGGAAGCUGACAAACAGCCAAUAAAUAGAAAAGUAACAGAUGCUUGUAUCAGUGAAGAUAAUGCUGAAGCUGAUACAGACAAAGACAGGAGGGGCUCGAAACAAAAUAAACAAUCUCCGAACAAGAAAUCUACCAAAGGAAAAUGCAAAUCUGAAAUAAUCUUACCACCAGAUUCACCAAUUAAAAAGUGGCUUUCAGGUACUCCUGCACUUAGUGCAGUCAGCCUGGCAAUAUGCAUCACAGGUGCUGUUCUAAAAAACAUUCCUCUCCACGAUCACAUAUUCCAACUUACCGACCCUCCACUAGAAGUAAGCUAUUUGUUUUUAAUGUAAUACAUAAAAUGUGAUGGAU